UGCCAGUGAAUGGGAGGAGGAUGGUGGUGCGUUCACAGUACCGAGGCGGGGCCUUCACUGCCUGCUCCAAACCAGACUGCGGAGGGCACAACUGUUGUAACAGAAAUGGCGGAGGGGGAGUUGGACGUCGACUCGCUGAUUUCCAGGCUUUUAGAGGUCCGAGGAUGUCGUCCAGGAAAAAUUGUCCAGAUGACGGAGGCUGAGGUGCGCGGCCUCUGCAUCAAGUCCCGUGAGAUCUUUCUCAGCCAACCAAUCCUUCUGGAGCUGGAGGCUCCGCUCAAAAUCUGUGGAGACAUCCACGGACAGUACACAGACCUGCUGCGGCUCUUUGAGUAUGGCGGUUUUCCUCCAGAAGCCAACUACCUGUUCCUGGGUGACUACGUGGACAGAGGGAAGCAGUCUUUGGAGACCAUCUGCCUGCUGCUGGCGUACAAGAUUAAAUACCCCGAGAACUUCUUCCUGCUCAGGGGCAACCACGAGUGUGCCUCCAUCAACCGCAUCUACGGCUUCUACGACGAGUGUAAACGCCGAUUCAACAUCAAGCUAUGGAAGACUUUUACCGACUGCUUCAACUGCCUGCCCAUAGCUGCCAUCGUGGACGAAAAGAUCUUCUGUUGUCAUGGAGGAUUGUCACCUGACCUGCAAUCUAUGGAGCAGAUCAGACGCAUCAUGAGACCCACAGAUGUCCCCGACACAGGCCUCCUGUGUGAUCUGCUGUGGUCUGACCCAGACAAGGAUGUCCAGGGCUGGGGGGAGAAUGACCGCGGCGUCUCAUUUACCUUCGGUGCAGAUGUAGUCAGCAAGUUCCUGAACCGUCAUGACCUGGAUCUCAUCUGCAGAGCCCACCAGGUGGUAGAAGAUGGUUAUGAAUUCUUUGCCAAGCGGCAGCUGGUUACUCUGUUCUCCGCGCCAAACUACUGCGGAGAGUUCGAUAACGCCGGCGGCAUGAUGAGCGUGGACGAAACCCUGAUGUGCUCCUUCCAGAUCCUGAAGCCGUCUGAGAAGAAAGCAAAGUACCAGUACGGAGGGAUGAACUCGGGCCGGCCCGUCACUCCACCGCGAACAGCCCAAACUCCAAAGAAACAAUGAAGGAUAAGAGAAGUGGGAGAGAGGGAGAGUUCUGUCCUAAAUGUUCUCGUGUUGGCCUCACAACCCCACAACACUGCAGAUGAGAAAACAGAGGAGCACGACUGUUUUCUAAAGACGCUCUCAUCUGUCUUUCAUUUAACUCUUUCAUUUUCUUAUCUGCCUCUGAACUGAUCACCACACACGCACACACACACGCUCUUCUUCUCUGUUGCCUUUCUUCUGUGUAACGUUUAAAAAAAAAAGUAUGAAUGGAUGAGGAAAAAUUAGCAAACAACGAGUGUCGUUCUGUAGCAUAUCGUAGUGUUUUCUUUGUUUGUCCUUUGCUCUUUUUUCGGAUGAGAGAAUGACAGCUAAUUGCCACGGCUCCUUAUUUUCCCCCGUCUGUUCAGACACGACAGGUUUCAGUGACGACUGCUGGGUUUUCAAUAAAUAAUACAGGGAAUAAACCUGC